GCGCAAAAUAGGUAAACAAUAUAUAAAACGUCAAACAAACAAACUGCGUUCUCAAUUUACAAAAUUUGUUAGAUUUAUUUAGCAUUAUCGUUUCAAAAUUCAAUAUAAUCUAUCCAAGGAACAACCAUGCAAGCAUUCGGUUUAGGAAGGUCUUUCCUUUCAUCAACAUUAUUUGUUACCAAACGACCAGUGGCUUCCCUUCAUUAUCAGCAGAGAUGCGGUAUUCAAAUUUCUACCAAUCUGCUGUGUCCAGCAUCGAAGGAAUCAACACUCCCGGAAAGGCCCAAACGACCUUGUAAUCCUUUCAUAAAAUAUGCGCAAAGUGUUCGGACCUCCCUGAUGGCCAAGAAUCCGGUAGCAACACCCCGGGAAAUUACGAAGCUUGCCGCGGUUCAAUGGAAUCAGUUGGACACGGCUGAGAAAUCAAAGUUAGCAGAAGCUUUUAAGGAAGAACAAGCCGUUUGGUUGCAACAGAACGCUAAAUAUCUCAAUCAACUAACGGACCAGCAAAAGGAUGACAUUCGCCAAGAUCGACUGAAAAAAUUAGAGGAAAAAAGCAGACGAGAACAACGCAAGAGGAUUAAGGAACUUGGGAAACCUAAACGUCCUCUGAACGGGUUUCUGCUGUAUGUUUUGGAACAGAGACCGAAAAAUCUUAACAGGGAGGAAAACUCUGCUUACCUCAAAAGUAUGGGAGAGCGCUGGGCUAAAAUGAGCGAAGCCGAAAAAGAACCGUACAAUCGUCGGGCCGCAGAUGGGUUGGCAAAGUAUCAUAACGAAGUCAAGCAGUGGGAGGAGAAAAUGUCUGCGGAGAACAAUAUGGACGUUAUCCGUCGUAAGAAUGUUAUCAUUACGGAGAAGAAAGAAACCAAGAAAGUCACUCGCCAAUAGGAAUCCGGGUGUCCCUAUCCAGAAGCGAAUGAAAACAUCCUUUUGAAAUCAUCAACACCAACCAAAACAGCACACGCAUCUGACGUCAGUUCUGCCGCCAACCAGGAGCAGAUCAAUGCAGAACAGGAGGAUAGGGAUACGGGAGUAAAUAGUUCAUCCAAAAAUUCUACAAUUCAACAAGAGCAACCGGUUAGGGAGGUAAAUCAAAACCAGACAAGGAACGGUAUCGUGAACAAGUUGAAGUCAAUUUUCAAGUUCUGACACUGGUCGCAGCUGCAGGACGAGGUACGUGUUUUACUAGUACUAUGGUUAUACAGUUGAUGCGAGUUCGGAGUGGAAGCUGACCGAAAAUAUUAACCGGUUGCAAAAUAGAAUACCUAUUUGUAUAAGAAUAAGUUUGCCAUAAAAAUAAAAGUAGUAUUACGCUA